AUGAAACGUACGCCCCUCAUUUAUCAUUAUCUCCGUCGGUUUGCUUAUUCGUUCCACUCAAGUGGUUCUACAGGAACUGCCAUACAAGAAUUGCAUGCAUCAGUUCCUUUGAAUCACAAGAAAUUUAUUAAUAUAUCUAGUAGCAAACGUGCAAUGAGCGGUGAUAAUUCGGUAAAAAUAUAUGAUUAUUUGGUAAUUGGCGGUGGUUCUGGAGGUAUUGCAAGUGCUCGACGAGCUGCUGAAUUCAAUGCAUCUGUAGGAUUGAUUGAAGAAACAUAUCUCGGUGGUACAUGCGUAAAUAAGGGAUGUGUACCAAAGAAAGUCAUGUAUAAUUGUUCUCGUCAUGCAGAAGCAAUCGCUGAUUAUUCAGAUUAUGGCUUUGAUGUAACACUGAACGGAUUCAAUUGGAAAAAAAUAAAGAAUAGUCGUGAUGCAUAUGUCAAACGUUUAAAUGCAAUAUACGAAUCAAACUUAUCAAAUUCAGGAGUCGAAUUGAUUCGAGGAAAAGCAUCGUUUACGAAUGAUGGUGUUGUUGAUGUUAAUGGCAAAAAGUAUUUCGGAAAACACAUAUUGAUAGCAGUUGGUGGAUAUCCAAAAAGGCCUGACAUUCCGGGAGCAGAAUAUGGCAUCAAUAGCGAUGGCUUCUUCCAUCUUGAUACUUUACCCAAACGUACGGUAGUAGUGGGAGGUGGUUAUAUAGCGGUUGAAUUAUCAUCAAUGUUAUCAGCGUUGGGAUCUAAUGUCCAUUUGUUGAUACGAAAACCAAGAGUUUUGUGGAAUUUUGAUCAUACACUGUCUGAAUGUUUGACGGAAUCUAUUAAUAAGGGACCAACGGAACUUCAUACAAAUACGGAAGUGAAAUCAGUGGAAAGGAAGCCUGACGGAUUACUCACCGUUAGUACAACGAAUGGUACCAUUAAUGAAGUAAACAGUUUAAUCUGGGCAGUUGGCCGCAGCCCUGCAACACGCGGUUUAAACCUGGAUUAUAUAGGUGUAAAAACGGAUAGAAACGGCAAUGUGAUUGUGGAUGAAUAUCAGAACACAUCGAUCAAAAAUAUAUAUGCAGUGGGAGACUGCUGUGGAAAAGCAUUGCUAACACCAGUCGCGAUUGCUGCUGGCCGACGUCUUGCCCGCAGAUUAUUUAACAACGAAGCAAACAUUCGUUUGGAUUAUGAAAAUAUUCCGAGCGUUGUAUUUAGUCAUCCGCCACUAGGAACGAUUGGGCUUACAGAGGCGCAAGCUAUCGGUCGAUACGGGGAAAACAAUCUUACAAUUUACAAAACGAAAUUCAAUUCCAUGUAUCAUGCUGUUACUCAGCGCAAAGAACCAACAGUGAUGAAAUUGAUUUGUGCUGGUAAAAACGAACGGGUUGUGGGUUUACAUAUGCUUGGCGAGGGAUGUGACGAAAUGCUGCAGGGUUUUGCCGUUGCCAUCAAAAUGGGUGCAACGAAGAAGGAUUUUGAUAAUACAGUAGCUAUCCACCCAACAAGUGCAGAAGAGCUGGUUACAAUGUCUAAUGGUACCAAACCUGAAAUACUGCGAACAUAA